GUGGUGUGAGGAUUUUUUUUGGGACUCGGUGCCGUUUCUCCAAGGAUGGCUGCGACUGCGAGGAAAGUUGUCAAAACCGUGCUGAGCAGGGAACAGGCGGAAGGAGUUGGAGCUCGGGUUCGCAGAAGCAUUGGGAGGCCUGAGUUGAAAAAUCUGGAUCCGUUUCUGCUGCUUGACGAGUUCAAGGGAGGAAAACCGGCUGGAUUUCCUGAUCACCCUCACCGAGGUUUUGAAACUGUAACAUACUUACUGGCAGGCGGCUCCAUGGCCCAUGAAGACUUCUGUGGCCACGCAGGUAAACUGAAUCCAGGAGAUCUGCAGUGGAUGACAGCCGGCCGUGGCAUUCUCCAUGCAGAGAUGCCUUGCACUGAGGAGCCAGCCCAUGGCCUGCAGCUUUGGGUCAACCUGAGAAGCUCUGAGAAAAUGAUUGAACCCCAAUACCAAGAACUCAAAAAGGAAGAAGUCCCCAAGCCUUCACAGAACGGUGUGAGUGUGUCCGUCAUUUCAGGAGAGGCACUGGGCGUAAAGUCUAAGGUGUAUACCCGCACUCCGACGCUGUAUCUGGAUUUCAAGCUAGACAAAGGAGCGAAACACACCCAGGCUGUUCCCAAAGGUUGGACAGCGUUUAUUUACACACUCUUUGGUAAUGUAUAUGUUGGUCCUUCUGAUGCGCAACAAAAAAUAGAACCGCACCACACUGCUGUGCUGGACGAUGGAGACUGUAUUCAGUUUGAAAACAAGGAUCCUGAAAUGAGCCAUUUUGUCUUGGUGGCUGGGGAGCCCAUUAAGGAACCAGUAGUGCAACAUGGUCCAUUUGUGAUGAAUACACAGGAAGAAAUUCAACAAGCCUUUGAUGACUUCAGAAAGGCAAGAAAUGGAUUUGAGAGAGCCACCACUUGGAAAUCAAAGAUUGGAAACAAAUGACGUGGGGUAGCAGAAUCCAGGCUGGCUGGCUUUUAAAAAUAUUUGCAGCUGUACACCUCGAUCUUUACUGCAUUUACUGAUUCUAUUUGCUAUUCCAUUUGCUUCAUUAGUACUGAUCAUGUGGGUUUGCCAGAUUGAGCCCAAAUAGUAUUUCCAGUAUGCCUAGAGCCAAAGAUAGCUAUUAGAGUGUCAUCGAUGGGUACAGCUGCAUUUUUAUUACUCUGAGAUAUACUUGAUAUAUAAGCGUU